CGUACGGUUCAGUAGCUCAAAGAAAGCAACUAUUACAAAUAAUUCACCAAGAUUUCUUUUUACUUUGAACAUCCGAUAAGCGAUUAAAGUGUAAACAAACCUGAGUCAUAACUGAUAAACGUAUCCUACAAGCAAAUGGACAAAAACCGGAAGAGCAUUUUAGACCUCAAUGAAGACUGUCAACUAGAGAUUAUGAAAUAUAUUAUUGCUGACUGCGAGUUGAGCGAUAAAUUUCGUGGUAAUAAAAUUAAUUACGCCAAUUUAGUAAAUUUGGCCCUGGCGUAUGAGGUUUUUGAGGCAAUAUUAAAAGAAUACUACAAUGAUUUGUACGAGGAGCUGGAAUUCGUUUUUGUGGCGAACAGAAGCUACCUUGAUAUCGAUUUUUCAGAGCUGCUAACCACACUCACAGAAAAAGGAGAAGCUUUCUUGCGAAUCUACGCUGAAGCCAUCAGAGAAAAUAACUUCAUACAACAAGUUACACUUUACUUUGACCCAAAAUCUUUUCAACCCAAAUUUUUGGAUCAUUUUGAAAUAGUAAAACGUGCCCUUGAAAAUAAAAAGGGCCUUAACGAUGUAAGAAUUCAACUUUAUGGGUAUUCCCUAGAAGAUUUAAACAAUUUUGGCCACAUAACCAAUCUCACUUUAGACGUACGAAUGAGUGCAGAUGCACUGGUAAAUAUCUGCAAGUCAAACCCGCAUUUGGAAAAUUUAAAUUUUAUAAGCACCGAAAUUCUUGGAAGACUCUCCGACAUCGUGCCACACUGCUGCAAUCUUAAGAAACUACAGUUCGUGCCAAAGCCUGAUAACGAUGGAGCCGAAUAUGCACCACUGGCAGAGCUUCCCAACUUACAAGAAAUGACUAUAUUCAGAGCCUUCGAAAAUGGCUCUCUGUUGACAUUAUUUGAGGCGAUAACCAAGUGGCAGAGACCAGAGCACCAACCGCUGACAGUGGACUUUAUCGAAGUCUUGCCACAUUUAAGUAACGUUACAAUUGCGAGAAUGAACGCUUUAUCCCUUUUAGAGUUGGGGCAUCCACGUGAGGAUUAUAUAAAAUUAUUGAUCUCUUACGACUUUUGGGAUAUAUGUAGGGACAGCAGCCCCUUAGAGCAAUCUCUCGCCACCAUAACCUUAAUUGAAGCAGAUCUAAUAAUCGAUCACAAAGGACUUGCCUUACAUGAAUGUCCGACAACAGAUACUGAUAUAAGCGGAUUGGUUUCUCUCCUCAAAACUUUUAAUAUAAAAACUUUUAAAUUAAAAGACCUCUUAUUUAAAAAACAUUUAUCAAAACUCUUUGCAUCCAUGGUACUAGACGAAUCAUAUGCUUUGAAAUCGAUCAAUACAGAAGGAACAGAAAUAUAUCAAUUUGAAACAUCUGAACUUGUUAAAAUAAAAUCAAUUACAUCUUUAAACUGCCAAUUUUCAGAUUGGGAGUCUGUCGAGCCCUUGAGUGCGCUUACCGACCUGGAAACAGUCGGUAUUCAUAUUGAAGAGGAGUUCGAGAAGACGUACUCAAAGGCACUUUGCAGUCUCUUAAAUACCUGCUCGGCAAGCGGUGUCAUUACGUGUCCAAAUUGGAACAUUGAAUUUAAAAAGAGCGAGAAUAUAUUAGGCCAAAAUAAGAGAAUUAAAACUCUAAUAAUUUUAACCAAAGAAGAAAAUGCAGACGUUUUUGAAGCCUUCAGCUACAGAGAUUUAAUUACGAUUGAGGAACUGGAUGUUUCAGAAUGUACCGGUAUAACUAUUAAAGAAAUACUCAAAGUGGCAGACGUGCAGCCCAUAACAAAAUUAAGAAUUUCAUUGACCAAUACGAAUGACAUUGAGAGAUUGUCGGACCUAACUGAGCUCAAUGAAUUGACCAUAUGUGACUCUGAGAAGGGAUCUCUUAUAGAGCUCUUCCACCAAUUGGUGACGAAGGUAUCACCGUCGCUUCAAUGCCUGGAAAUUAAUUCAAAAUUUCUUUCUACCGAAGAGUUGAUUCUAGUUUCUAGAAUUAGGUCGUUGAAAAAAUUAGAUAUAUGUGAUUAUUCCUUAAAUAAACAUUCAUCAUUGGUGGAGGUAGCUAACUCGAAUAUUGAAGAAUUAACGCUUACAAGUCCACACGGUUCUUUACGCAACUUAUUUGCUGCAUUUGGUGCAAAAAGUACAACCAGGCUUCAGCACUUGAACAUAAAAAGCAGUUUUCUUACGCACACGGAAUUCGAAGAGCUCUCUAAAAUUAAAAGUUUAAGAAGAUUUCAGUGCAAAUGUCCCAGUAAUGUGUCCUCUUUGCGGAACUUUAACCACUCGGUGCAACUAAAUAUUAGAAUUAUUAAUAUACGUUCAGAACAGUUGCAGUGUUUGGCUGAACUUGAACAUUUAGAGUGCUUGACUAUUUCGUUGAAUAAUUUAAUAACAUUAAUAAUUAAUAACAUUUAUGUCGACUUCCUACGUGAUCUGGCCAAUAUACAAAAUCUCAGAAAGCUAAACCUAAUAGUAGAGGUAGAUUUUAAGCUUACAAAUGUCUACCAGGCUCUUGCCAGUAAAAGCCGGAAAUUAAUACAUCUAUUCGCAACGAUUGGAUGUGUUGAAGAGUUAAACGAAAUAACGAGAAUUAAAUCGUUACAAAAUUUAAUACUUCUUGUUAGACAAAUUGGUAAAAAGUUGACAAGCCUAGAGGAACUAUUAGAACUUAAGUCGUUGCGAAUUAUUAUCAUGAAUCAUGCUAAUCAUACAGAUACAAUCGAUAGUUUGCCUUCUAUUUUAAAGUGUUGCAGAAAUCUCGACCGCCUUAUAAUUGAUGCGAAGUUAUAUUUUUAUGAUACAAGUUUAGUGGAUAUUUAUACCAUUAUAAGAUCUGUAAGAGAUCCCACACUUCAAGGUCCGUUAACUGUAAUUGUUGCAAAAAUGGAAUAUUGUAAAGAGUUUUAUGAUGACUACAAUAUACCGGAAAUACUUGUGACACUUUUUGAGAAUGCAUACAUGAAGGUUUUUAUUUCAUCAGACGUAUAUUUACAUAAAAUGCCUAUCAAUUAAUGUACAAUGCAG